ACAAAUCACACCAAGUAUUUUCCUUCACUCUAAUUCUCUUUUUGAUCUUUCAUCAGUCACUUAUUAGCCACACAACACUAUCACUAUGAGUGCCAAAAAUCAGAUUUCUAGAUUAAUUCUUCUAUUUAUUAAUGCUAAACCAUAUUUGUUAAUGAUUGGCCUUCAAUUUGGUAUGGCUGGGAAUUACAUCUUUGGUAAAGAUAUUCUUAACCAUGGGAUGAGCCGGUUUGUGUUCAUCGUUUAUCGCAAUGCCAUGGCCGUGAUCGCUCUUGCGCCGUUUGCAUUCUUUCUCGAAAGGAAGAGUAGGCCAAAGAUGACACUCCCUAUCUUCCUACAAAUAAUGGUGCUGGGAUUUCUAGAGCCAGUUUUUAACCAAAGCUUCACUUACUUGGGGAUGAAGUAUACUUCAGCUUCAUUCACAUCUGCUAUUAUGAAUGCCGUGCCUUCUAUCACCUUUCUUCUUGCAGUCAUCUUCCGGUUGGAGCGUCUUAAAUGCAAGGAAAUUCGAAGUCAAGCCAAAGUGAUUGGAACAUUAGUAACCUUCGGUGGUGCAUUGCUAAUGGCAAUUUACAAAGGACCUGGAUUCAACAUUUUCCAUUCUGGAACCCAAAAUCAAAAUGGAACUCACGAAUCCUCUCAUAACCAUCAAACUGCUGGAGCUCUUUAUAUACUGAUGGGCUGUGUGGCUUUAUCUUCUUUCUACAUUUUGCAGUCGAUAACGGUAAAAAGAUAUCCAGCUGAGCUAUCAUUGGCAACCUUGAUAUGUCUCGCGGGAGGAGCACAAGCAACUGCGGUGGCACUUGUGGCCGAACGUCAUUCACAUGCUUGGGCCAUUGGCUGGGAUUAUAGGCUCUAUGCUCCUCUUUACACGGGAAUAGUUAGUUCAGGAAUUGCAUACUAUGUUCAAGGGCUGGUGAUGCAAAUGAGAGGCCCAGUUUUUGCAACAGCUUUUAAUCCUCUUUGCAUGAUCAUCGUUGCUUGUUUGGGCUCCUUUUUUUUAGGAGAAAAUCUUUACCUUGGAAGUAUGAUUGGAGCUGUUAUCAUUGCACUAGGCCUUUAUACAGUUGUGUGGGGAAAAGCCAAAGACUAUUCAGAAUCAGACACCAAAUUACCAUCAUCAACCAUUGAAGGGGAGACAAAAUCAAUGCCAAUUACUGCAAUAGAUGAUCCCAAAAUUGAUAUUAUUGCUGUUAAUUUGGAAAACCAACCACCAUCAAAGGAUAAAUUAGAGGAGCCCAACAAAUUGGAGAAAGAAUCAGAGUUGUAUGUAGCAAUAACGGUUUAACUAGUCAAUGACUUCUUGUUGGUCCAUAAUCAUUGGAGAAAAUGUCACAAUUGCAUGUAGGAAGUACAAUGAAUGUAGAGCAUUUGGCUCUAAUCAAAUCAGAAUGUGCCUAGAGAUUUUGAGCCUACGGAAAUUUGUCAUACAUUGUAAUUACUACGUACUUGUAUUGAGCAUAUAUACAAGUAGGGGCAAGUUGAGUUUGUAACCUAUGUAAAUAAUGCAGUGAGGAUUUAUAUGCAUGUUUAUGCUCUUUGAUACGCAUGUGAUAAAUACAAAAAAUGAAUUUUGUAACAUGAACUCUAUGUUUGGUACGAAAGGAAAAUAUUGGAGAGUGAUCUAUGAA